UUAUAGUCGCUUCGUGCCGUUUUCUUCAAUUCUACCAAAAAUCUUGUUUUUUCCAUUCUAUUUUCUUGGGCUUGAAAAUUUGAGAAACUUGUGACGUUUGGGGCUUCGGAUUGGAGGAGAAAGAAAACCUUGGUCUGCUCCAUUGGGUGUCAAAGGAAUCCAUCCGCUGAAAUGUGUCAUUGUCAACCAUGGGAAGACAGUCCACCCCAGAGUGAAUAUUCCCCUCAAAGAACUGGAAAUGGUGUAGAGCAUCUGCAGGUAAGGUGGGAAACCGGGUUGGCAACGUUGGAGGAACAGAUAACAAGCAUCGAGGCUCAGGUGGAAACACUUAAGGCAUCAGUGCUGCAGCUGCGAGGGGAAAUGCUUAUUUCUCCAAAUGGAAAAAAGGAGGAUUUUGGCUUAAAGCUGCAGUAAUAGCGACCCAUUGACCUUGCCUUACACUCGACAAGCUAAAGUGAAAGAUGGGAGGCAUGCAUAUGUUGUGAUGCUGGCACAGGCUGCAAUUAGCAAAAUUGAUUUUGGAGUGAAUACUCAAGUGAUGGAUAAGAAAAAGGAGACCUCCAAUCCCAAUACUGAACCAUCACAAAUGAACUCAAUUGCUAGAGCUACGUGGACAUCACAAUUGACUACAAACUUUUGUGAAGUGUGUGUGGAUGAGGUGCUUCGGGGUAAUCGACCCACUUCCCACUUUACUAAACAAGGUUGGAGAAACAUUGAAGCUGCAUUUAAAAAGAAUACUGGUAGGUCAUACACAUAUCUCAAGUUUAAGAAUAAGUGGGACACGUUGAAGAAAGAUUGGAUUGCUUGGAACAAACUGAAAGGAAGUGAAACUGGAUUGAGGUGGGACGCAACCAAAGGAACAAUAGCUGCGACAGAUGAGUGGUGGGAAAGGAAGUUAAAGGAGGUUCCUGGAGCUUCAAAAUUUCGAGAAAGAGGUUUAGAGAACCUUCAUUUAUUAGACAUCAUGUUUAGAGACACAACGGCCACUAGAGAAGGUGUACGGGCCCCUUCUUUAGGUGUUUUACCUACUAACUUUGAGACUCCUAAGGAGGGAUCAUGUGACUCAUCUAGUGAGUCGGCUCCUCCAUAUGGUCAUGAUAAAAUUGAGAUACUUAGUCCUACACAAAUGCCUUAUCCUUCACAAUUGUGUAAUACUAUACAACCGCCUAAUUCUACACAGCCAACCAAAGAAAAAGGAAAGAAGCGAGCAGCUACCUUUAUGCAAAGUGAAGGGAAGAAAGGAGUAGUGUCAAAGCUAAUAUACGAGCUCAGUCAUAUUAGUAAUGAUAAGGAGUUAAAGAGCUCAGCUAGUUCAGAGAUUUCUGGGAGCAGUAUUCGUGAUGUCAUGGAACGUGUAUGCACCUUGGAUGGUGUUGAGAAAGGUUCUAAUCUCCAUCUCAAGGCGGCUCAUAUUUUUCAAAAAAGAGAGAAGAGAGAGAUGUUUGUUGUGAUAGAGGAACCACAUUUGCAGCUUAUGUUUCUAAGAGAGGAGGCAAGAUUGUUGGGAGGACAACACUUCUCCACUUGAUUAGCAAGUGUAGAAAUUUUCAAUAAAACUAUUGUUACGGUCUUGCUAGAAUGUUUGAAUGAUGUUUUUUCUCUUUACAUAUAUCUUUGAAUAAUGUGAUUUUAUUUCUCCACUUGGUACAGCUUAUUUUAUCUUUAAACAAUGUGAUUUUGAAGAUUGUGAUUAUUGAACAAUUUCUUCAAAACGAUUAGUUUAUUGCGUUC